GCUCCAUGACCUCAGUUAGUCACAGACCCUCCUGCGUGCGUCAUGAUGAUGUGACGCGAGAAGGCCGUCACUUUUAGAUGAAUGCAGUCAUUUCCUCAGCAGCUUCAGUCUCAGAGGGUUCAAGUGAGUUCCUCCUCCUGCUCCUCCUCCAACAUCAGGUUCAGACCUUCAACUGCUGCAGGCAGAAGCUCCAGAAACCAGAUGGAUGCUUUCUACUCUUCAUAACAAGCAGAUGUUUCUCAUGGGCGACAGUUUUUCCUAUUAAAAUGGACCUUUGGUCUCUGAAGCUCCAGCUUGCUAUAUGGACCCUGCUGAGCCGCCCUGGUGUCUUCUCUAUCGAAGUAUCAGUGAGACACUCGGAGCUGAAGCCAUGUAAGGAAAACGACCGUGUCUGUGUCACCGACUCGCAAGACUGCCAACAUCCACCGCCUUCUUCUUCACUGAGGAAGACUCUGAACAUGUCCUGCUACUACCAGGAAACUUCAGAUCAACACAGGUCUGUGACCUGCAGCUGGAGUCAGGUGUCUGAGUCUAAGGCCUCUCUGGUCUUCACCAGCGACUAUAAAAUCAUCUCCUGCCAUGGCAUCUUUAACCCAGCAGCCACCCUCGAAGUGACAGCCCGAAUAAAGAGCUACCUGACUGGGACGGACGUUUGGUCCCAGCCUCAUAGGAUGUUUCUGUUUGACAAAGUCAAACCUUCUCAGCCUGCUUUAGCUCUCAUUGCUUCCACUGCGGACUCACUUGUUGCGUCGUGGAAAAGCAGCGUUCGUGGCAGCUGUCGGCUUCGGUAUAGACCCAACGACGCUCACACAUGGACCGAGAUUUCAGAUCUCAUUCCUGCAUAUGAAGGUCAGGCUCUGAACUACACAAUCACAAACCUCCUACCUUUUAUGGCGUACAAAGCUGCUGUGGCCUGCAUGACGAAGUCCGGUAUCUGGAGCGACUGGAGCUCAGACACAAACAUACAAACACUGGAUAGAGCGCCUUCCCAACCUCCAGAGAUGUGUUACAGAGUGGAGAAAACCGGCACUGAUGGGUCUCUCCUCCUUCAUCUCAUCUGGGUGACCCCUGACCCUGGUGGGGCCAAAGAUCGGGUCCUCGGAUACCGGGUCAGCAUUAAUCCACGUGAACCCGUUCAAAACGUCACAGAGACGACUUUGCUCCUGGUGGUGAAGGAGGGGAACUACAGCAUCACUGUUGAGGCUUUCAACACAGCCGGUUUUGGACCUGCAGCACGACUUCAAAUCGACACACAAACCCAGAUCUCUCUGCCUUCUGUGAGAAACUUGUGGAUUUCCAGCAAUUUUCCAGAAGACGAAGAGCUCCUGGUCCAGUGGACGCUCCCUGGCGCUCCAUCCUCUGUCCCGCCUGGCAGCCAUGCUGCGGUUCGGUGGCACUCAGAGAAAAAUCUGUCCACCAGCCGAUGGCGUAGAGUUGACGGUUUCACCUCCUCUGCUGUCAUCACAGAUGUUGACCCUGAUGAGUCCUACCUGGUCAGUGUGUUCCCUGUCUACAACCAGCAGUGUGGACCUGCCCAGUCUCUGGCAGCCAGUCUGCAGCACGGAGCUCUGAUGGAAGUCGUCAGCCUGACGGUCGUCAGCGUCACUAAAACCACCGUGACCGUCAUGUGGGCGUGGCAAAGGAAGUCUGCACCAAUCAGAGUGGACAGAUACAGAUUGAUGCUGAGGAGAGACACUGACACACAGAUUCUGUCUUUGUGGCCGGACCAGCAGCACCAGCACACCUUCUCCAACCUGACUCCCAGCACCGAGUACUCCCUGCUCCUACUGGCUGAUAAUCUUUCCAGAACCAUCAUCCUUGUGGCCACUCAUUUUGAUGAAGUUCCAGUGGUGUUGACGGCGACUCCUCUGCUGCUGCUGGUCGUCUCUGUGAUGAUCAUCUCCAUCCUUUCCAGAACUCUAUACAAGUCGUACUUCUUUCCCCUCGUCUCCAGCCCUCGAAGAAGCACAGCCGGCCAGUGGCUGCUGAACCCAAACCUGAGGAAAUGUGUGCAGAGGAACCUCCUGAAUAUCACAGAUUUCCAGGUGACGGAUGUCCUAGGACAGGACCACCGCAUCCUGGUAGGUCCAAACGAUCACCUUUCAUCCGAAGGUCUGCACAAGGACAAAUGUCUGCAGUCAAUCAGCAACCUCUUCGUUCAGAUGUCAACCAUCAAACUGGACAAUGCAAAUGAUUCUGGUACCAAACCAAUCAGAGGACAGGAGUCUGACAUCAGACCAAUCACAGAGCAGCAGCUAUUCUCCCUUCCGUCAGUUUUCACAUCCGACACGACUCUGCUGCACAGACAUGAAGAGUGCAGCUGGUCUCUUCAAAGAGAGGAAGACAUUUACCUGACAUCACAUCAUCAGGAUCAGCCUGAUGUUCAGUUUCCAGAACUCCUGACAGACUUACUGAGACGACCAGAAACAGAGAGUGGACCGCUCGAAUGCUCCAAUAUGAUCCAUGAGGUCAAGUAUUUAACAAACGGCUGCUUCAGAGCAGAACCUAACGCUGGAGAUGAGAUCAGUCCUGUAUUAACUUAGAGGUCAAAUAUGGACCCCUAGUGGCUGUAAAAUCCAUCACAAACCAAACAUAAAACCUUCUUGGGUGAAUUAUAAUUAAAAAAAACAUUUAAUCCUGCAAGAAGUUGAAAUGAGAUGAUAAUCUUGAUAAUUAAUUCUUACAGAAGAAAUCUAUAUCUUUCAGUUGCUUAGAGAGAUGAAAUGUUUGUAAUACUGGUUUAAACCCGAUGUUGGAAAAAUGUUCUGGAGCAUCAAUUAUUGCAACAGUUUCAGAAAAAAAUAGUUGACUGCAAAACAACAUCCUUAAAACUGA